CUUGGCGCCGCGACCUCAUGUGAGACACCUCCUGCGCGAGAGCCAGUCCGACGUUUACCUCUGCAGAGGAAAACGCAAUGGAGCCCUGAACAUUUUUUUCUUUCCCUCCCCUCUCUUUUUUUUCUAUCUCCUUUAACCUCCCCCCCCCCUUUCCCUUCACCCCCUUGGAAAACAAUACUUCCCCCAUCUGAAAUCCCGCUUUAUCCGCUAUUUAUUUGACGCGUAAACAAACAAGGGCGGGUGCAACGAUGUGGAUCCAGGUUCGUACUAUAGACGGGAAGGAGACGCGAACCGUUGAGGAUCUUUCUAGAUUGACCAAAAUUGAGUCUUUACGCUUGAAAAUACAGGACAUCUUCAAUGUAAGCCCGCAGCAGCAGCGCUUGUUCUACAGAGGGAAGCAGAUGGAAGAUGGCCAGACGCUGUUCGACUAUAACGUGGGUCUCAAUGACAUCGUCCAGCUGCUGAUUCGCUCACAGACCGACCCCCCAGACAGCCCCGCCACCAAGGACUCCCGCGGUGUUUCUUGUAGUUCAGCUCCACCUCCUGACCCCAGGUCGGAAAGCCACAACUCCCCAGCUCCUGCCUCUCCCGCUGCUAUGGAAACCUCCGCCAACAUAGACAAUGACAGUAGCAGCGUCACUACCAGCACUGUUAACGAAACCAAGCCGGACACCAGCGCCAUCAGUAACUCAGCCAGUACCAAAAAUGGGUUCAAGUCCUCCAGUCCCGUACGGGACACCCAGCCCCCCACAUCCAGCAGAAACACACUAUCCGACCCUGGAAUCGGUGUGUACAAGAUUAACGAGCUGGUGGACUGCAGAGACGUCAGCAUCGGUGCCUGGUUUGAGGCCUGCGUCGAAAAUGUGACACACGCUCCCAAAGGACAGAUAACGCCCACCAAGGGCAAGGUGGGCCGGCCCCCAAAAAGGACUAAUGGAAAGCUGGAGGCCGAGCAGGGACAGGCCCACGGCCAGAGCCAAACCACAGACAGUAACAGGAAUAAUGUUGUGUUAAGCUCUGAGAGUAAUGGAGCCUCCACCUCUCAGACAGACUCUACAGCGAAUACAGAGACCAAGGAUAGAGAAGAGGACGUGAUUUACCACAUUAAAUAUGACGAUUACCCAGAGAACGGUGUGGUGGAGAUCCGACCGGUGCAUGUGCGGCCACGUGCCAGGACUCUCCUUCGGUUUGAUCAGCUCCAGGUGGGCAUGCAUGUGAUGGUCAACUACAACAUGGAGACGCCAGACGAGAGGGGCUUCUGGUUCGACGCCGAGAUUCAGGCCGUCAACCAGACCUCUCGCACCAACAAAGAGCUCCGAGUCAAAAUCCUCCUGGGCGGUCCUGGAGAUGUAAUCGGGGAUUGUAAAGUUCACUUUCUGGAUGAAAUCUACCAGGUGGAGAAACCAGGAGCUCGUGCGCUCUCAGCCGCAGAUGGACAAUUUAAACGGAAGAGCGGGCCGGAGUGUAAGCACUGCAAGGCCGACCCCGACGCCGAGUGUCGCUUCUGCUCCUGCUGUGUGUGCGGCGGGAAGCAGGACGCUCACAUGCAGCUGCUGUGCGACGAGUGUAACAUGGCAUUCCACAUCUACUGCCUCAACCCGCCGCUGGCCACUAUCCCAGAUGACGAGGACUGGUACUGUCCCACCUGCAAGAACGACACCAGUGAGGUUGUUAAGGCAGGAGAGAAACUCAAAGCCAGCAAGAAGAAAGCCAAGAUGCCUUCGGCAACAACAGAGAGUCAAAGGGACUGGGGAAAGGGUAUGGCCUGUGUGGGGCGUACCAAGGAGUGCACAAUUGUUCCUUCAAACCACUAUGGACCCAUACCUGGUGUUCCUGUUGGAACCACCUGGAAAUUCAGAGUUCAGGUGAGUGAGGCAGGUGUUCACAGGCCGCAUGUUGGUGGUAUCCACGGGCGCAGUAACGAUGGCUCCUAUUCGCUGGUGUUGGCUGGGGGCUUUGAGGACGAAGUGGAUCGGGGAGAUGAGUUCACCUACACAGGCAGCGGCGGUCGUGACCUCUCAGGAAACAAACGGAUCGGAGAACACUCUUUUGACCAGACCCUGACACACAUGAACAGGGCGUUGGCCUUAAACUGUGAUGCACCUCUGAACGACAAGGACGGGGCAGAGUCGAGGAACUGGCGGGCAGGAAAGCCAGUGAGAGUGGUGCGCAGCUCCAAAGGUCGGCGCAUCAGCAAAUAUGCUCCCGAGGAGGGAAACCGCUACGAUGGUAUUUACAAGGUGGUAAAAUACUGGCCUGAGAUCGGUAAGUGUGGUUACCUUGUGUGGCGGUACUUGCUGAGACGGGACGAUAUGGAACCAGCACCGUGGACCCCUGAAGGACUGGAGAGGAUCCAGAAAUUGGGCCUUGCUGUUCAGUACCCACCAGGCUACUUGGCAGCCAUGGCUAACAAAACAAAAAAAGAGGCCUGCGCCAGACCAGGUCGUGGCGGCAGGAGUAAGCACUAUCCCGGGAGGGGGAGGCCACGGAGACAACGCAAGAUCAAGGAGAAAGAGGAGAACGGCGAGGAAGACGAUGAGGAGCAGCCGAUGGCCAGCAUUGAGGAAGAGGAGCCGCAGAGUAACGGAGAGAAGAAGACAACCAGAGAUAGUGCAGAGUCGCCACCAGCGGCAGAGCCUCCCUCCAAACGGGUGAAGAUAGAGGAGACCUUCCAGCUGUCAGAGCAGCAGCAGCAGCUGAUCCGGGAGGACACAGCCAACAAGAAACUCUGGGAUGAAGCCAUGGGAAACCUUAAAGAGGGACCGAAUUUCCUGCGCAAGAUGGAGCAGAUCUUCAUGUGUGUGUGCUGCCAGGAGCUGGCCUUCCAACCUAUCACCACCGUCUGCUCACACAAUGUUUGCAAGACUUGUCUCCAGCGGUCGUUUCGUGCGAAGGUGUACACCUGCCCCGCCUGCCGCCACGACUUGGGCAAAGACUACAUCAUGAUCCAAAACGUGACGCUUCAGAUGCUGCUUGACCAGUUCUUUCCCGGCUACAGCAAGGGCCGAUGAGGUCGAAAUCACGUUUCUAAGUAGAAUACGUACAUACACGCACAUAAGCAUUCAUUCUGUGCACACACCUAUACCGUCAAGUACCUAGAGCUCCACUUUAAAACGCAUUGCGCACACAUACUGUACUUACCCACGGGCAAAUGUAUAUUGCAUAUACAGCCAUUUAUGUAUACAAUCAUUCAUACACAAGCAACCUCAGUAGGGACUGACCUCAUCUGUUAAACUUGGACUGUCUUCAUUAACAUCACCAGCCUGAAAUUUAAACAAGGACAUUUUUUAUCCUCCUUACUCCUGCCACCUAAACGCACACAAAGAUAAACGCACAAAAAGGAGCCCCCACCCACCCCCCACCCCCAAUUCACCUCAAGAUAUUAGCUCUUUUUUUUGUUCUUUUUUUUUUUUGUUCACCAGGUUCCAGAAAUUGACAAACAGCACAUUGUUUGAGUGCAAAUUUCUCCCCGGCAAUAUCAUGAAAUCAGCCACUAGACUCCUGCCAACCUUUACACAUUUUAUGUACCAUGUAUGCAAGUUUUACACCCAAAUACGGAGCUGAGCUACUUCGUGUACGUGCAGUAUUCUACUCAGCUGGCAAAUAAAGGUGCUAGUUUAAUACAGUCAUUUUUAGGCACAGCGGGACUGGCAAUUUCACAAGGUUACAGAAGACACACGAUACGAGAUCACCCCCCCCCCCAUAGCAUUAAAUAUGAGCAAGUAGGUCACGUGACUGAGAGAUGCCCACAGAGUUGGUAAAAUUAGGAAAGUCAAGAAUUAACAUGUAUUUGUACAUGGAAAUGAAGCACACAGUGUUUUAUGCCCUUGAAGCACUUUAUCAAUGACAUGUGCCGCAGACUUUAUUUUGUAGGUUAAUCUGAGCACACACUAGCAUCCUGCUAGCUGCUCAUGUCACUUGGAAUAAUGCCAUCGCCAUGCCUUGAGCUAAUAAGAAGCAAGCAAACGUCUCACCAGAGAGAUACCAGGGCAUUUGCAGAGAACAGAUAUUUUGGCAGCUGUGUCUGAAUGGCAGCGUUACAUACUUAUUAAUGAACACAACAAUUAUCAACAGGCGCAUCUGUCUACUUGGAUUUCAUUUGGAAUAAAUAAAAAAAAAGGCAUUUAAUCCAUUAACAUACCAAAGAGGUUGUAGAGCAGGUCAGGAGCAAAUACCUUUAGAAAUAUGCUUUAAAAAAAGUCAUUUGUAGUGAGAAAUCACUCCUACAAAAUAAAAUACUUCUAAAGUAUCAAACUAAUUAUCAUCUUUCUUUAGCAAAGCACUUUUUGUCCCCAUUUCCAAGCACCUAAAAUGGCACUAUUAAAUCUCUCCCAUAAGUGCUGUUGAAAACCUCUGAUACUAUUGAAAUCAUUAUAAAACAUUAAUGUCAAGACAUUUAUGAAUGAAGUUCUCGCUUCACUACUUUAAAUGAGUAUGUUUUACUAGAGAAAUAUUGUAAUUGAUGUGAUAAAUUUCAAGCUUAACACGCAGCUCCCUGAAAUGCUCGAGAAGCAUGUGGUGCUUGUGUAGAAGGGCACACUGGUUUCACACCGGUGUUACCAAGCAACCACAAUCAAGCCACCAAAGAUGGUUAGCAUAUAUUGUGCUCAGCAGAUAUUCAUCCACUGUCGGUGUUUCUGUUAGAUUUAGAAUAGCUUUAGAUAUCCAGCACGAUCUGCUUCUCCGUCAUUGCGGAAAAAGCAGUGUGACGAGCGAUUGCACGGCCAGGAUGAUGUGAGUUAUUUGUUGUCGCGUUACAUCCGAUGGAGAAAAUGGAGCCAGGUGGUGAAAAAAAGAGGCAAUUUAUUUCUAUUCCCUGACAAAGAGCUUUCUAAUCAACACGAUGGUUAUGUGGGUGUAGUUAUAUGGACAUCAUCAGAGGUUCAGGGAUGCCACAAAAAUGCACUGAUACUGUCAUGAUACUGCCAUUGUUUUUGACCAGACCAGAACACUAGAACAAGACAACAGGAGAUACAUAAUACUUUUUUUUAUUGAUUCUUUUUUUUUAAAAAUUGGUACAUUGGCAAAAGUUGGCAUCCAGUGCCCAGUUAGUUUCCGAAUGUUAACUGUCAAUCAGAAAUUUACUGAUUUUAAAAUUCUAAUUUUGUCUGUGUUUAAACAUUUAGUGCUUAAAAAUUCAUAGCCCUCAAGGUUAAGCAUUGAAAAGGUUUUGUUCAGUUCAGAAUCAGAUUUUUGACACACGUGAGAGUUCACUGGUUGUAUUUCAAUACAUGUAUGUUUCAGUAGACCUGGAUACAAUGUUAUGUUGAAAAUAUAGUAGAAAGCACUUAAGGUCAGAAAGCAAAAGGCAAAUGGAUCUCCACUGAUUUAAUCCUUAUAGUUUAUGUUUGUGUUCCGGAGACGGAGGCAAGUUUGAGAUAUUACAGGAGAAAACCUGAAAGCAUACACACGUGUCUGUGCUGAAUACGUAGAUCUUAAAUACGUAAAGACAGAAAUCGAUUUUUUUUUACACAGUUUGUUCCAAAGAAAACUAGUUCUUUUAUUUUGGAUAUGCUGGAUACCAUUAGGAGCAUUUGUGACACAAGGGUAAUAUGUUGUAAUGCAGCGAGCCUUGGUUUAGGAUUUUGUUUGAGUUUUCUGGCUACAUUAGUUUCAUAAAGCUACGUGGAUGUUUUCAUGUGUCAAACCAUGGUCCGAAAUAUAAAUCGGCAUUAAACGGCAGCUGUGAACACAGGCUUUUUAAUUCUUGUACAACAGGCCUGAACAAAGCUCAAGACUAUUUCUUGAAUAUUUUUAAGCUACUUUUGUAUGCUUACCUUUACUAUUCUGUGGAUCCAGCAUGACCAGUAAAGAUCUGCCCACGCCAAACCUUUAUAAGCCCACUAUAAGUAUACCUCCACCUUUGUUGUAUAUUAUGCCCCAAAUAAUUUGAUAAUCUUAAAUCUUUUUUAGCUUUGUUACCAUGUAAUGUCCACUGUACUCAUAUGUGUUCAGGUGUCUUCAUGUGUAAUACAAGCAAUCCUCAAUUAAAAUUUUUUUUUCUAUCUCGAGCAACUGACAUGGAGUCACAUAUUUUCCGGUGCUGAUAUGGUACUUUAAAAUGUCCUGGGUUGGCAGGUCUGAUAGGAGUUAAAACAACAAUAAAAAAAAACAUCUCAUGGAGCAAAAUCUCUGCACUGAUUUGCGAUCCAGACCUGGAGGGCGCUGAAUUUCAGAUCACGUAUCUCAAAAAUGGUUUCAACUGUUCAGUUGCUUUUGUGGGAAACUGUAGCCCCCACGUUCACCGACAUCAUCACGUUCACCUGUACCUGCCUCCGAAAGGCGUCACCAUGUUUAGUGUAGAGCAGAGCUGAAAUAACACGCUGCUGUACACUGUCCGUUUAUUAUCGCUCUCGUCAGGUCAGAGGUCGAAAACUGUCUGUCUGACCACCAACACCACCACCACCCUCGCGGUUGUUACUGUCACUUCCUCCCCUCUCAUUGGCCGGCUGUUUGUUUGUGGUGAUGUCCUUGUUUCUGUUCAAUCAUUCAGGAUUUUUUUUUUUUUUAAAUCAACAAC